AACACUCUUAUUAGUGAAGAAGAAUCGGUGUGGUGUGGUGUGGUAGCAAAUCGAGCAAUGGGAGGAGUUUUGCUUGGCAUGCCGGGGCCAUGGGCUGAAGAUUAUCACGAAGCAUCUGAUCCUUAUACAACUAAAAUUGGAGGACUCCCUGACUGGCCCCUUCCCAUUAAUGCCGAAUUGCUACGCUGUGCUGCCUGUGCCUCUAGGCUCUGCCUUGUUGCACAGGUUCAUGCUCCUACCUCUCAACAACGCAUUCUUUUCAUCCUCGGUUGUGUUGCGCCCAAAUGCCGAACCAGCUGGCGAGUUCUUCGCGUUCAGAAGAUUGGUGACGUUGACAAUUCUCAACAGAAACAAGUCUCUGAGACUGCCUCGUCCGGUGAGGUUCGAAAUAGUGAUGAUGAUGAUGAAGGUGACAUGGAUUUUGAAGAACUAGGCAGGGCACUCUUUGAAGCUGGGACUUUGGCUUCUAAGACUAAAAGCAAAAAACGGCGGAGAAGGCGCCGAGACAAACUCCCUGCUGCAUGUUCUCCGUAUCCAAGAGUUACAACAGUAGUUGAUAAUGAUAUGCCAGUGGCGCCUUGCUUUUAUAUAUACACACAGGAAGAACAGUCUUCAGGGCCUCUUAGUUCUGUAUGUUUGAAGUACUCAUCACUUUCUAUUAAGAAGGAUGAAAUUGAUGUUGAGGAUCAUUCACAAGCAGAAGAAACUUGGGAAAAGGAACAUUAUGAAUAUGAUAAAGCUUUGACUGCUGAUAGAACAUACCUCAAGUUCAAGAAAAGAUUGGAUGCAUAUCCUGAGCAGUGUUUCAGAUACUCAUAUGGUGGGAAGCCAAUUUUAGCUGCAGCUGGUGAAAUAAACCCUGGCAGCUGCAGGCUUUGUGGCAAACCAAGGCAAUUUGAGAUGCAGCUAAUGUCUCCAUUAAUAUACUUUCUGCGUGAAGCACUUGAUGAUGACCAAAGACAGAUGUUGGAAAACUGGGAUUGGAUGACCCUUAUCGUAUACACUUGUUCUGAGAGUUGCAAUGAAGAGAUGGAGCAAGCAAAGUCCAAUAGUAAUGGCUGGAUUGUAGUUGAGGAGGCAAUUGUAGCUCAAUAUGAGGAAUCCAUGCCCAUUCCGCUUGGCUAUUUCUCAUGAUCAUUGGCGUUGCUGUAAAGAGUACAAUACAUUUCAUGCAUAGAGUUCGCUUGAGAAGUUUGAGGACACAACAGCACAUAAGUUUGAAGGUAUUGAGAAAUUUUAACUUAAAGAAAAGGUAUUGGAAUUGUAUUCUACAAUGAAGAUUUGGUGAGGUGAGUUUUUGUCUGGUGUGCUGGUGAGUUUUUGACCUUCUGACCCGAUUACCCAGCUCUUGGCUCGAGCUGUUGAGCAACAAGAUGGAUGCUGCAUCUACUUUCUUCCCAGGUCUUUCUAAUUGUUUAACAACCAGAUAAAGAAGUUUCACUCAUGAGUCAUAUGCUAAUGGCUGGUCAAGCACUCAUCCAUGAUUACAUCAUCAUGAAUGUCUCAAUUCUUCAUGAAAUACCCAUCCAUCCAUCCAUGAUAGAUUUUCCGUUUUUUAAGAAGCAAUUCAUAUUUAUUGCAGAUAAGUGAUUCUUAUUUGAGUUUGUUGCAGAUAAGUACACAAUUUGAUCUCUGAAAGAUAAUCUUCAUGUGUUUUUAAUUCCUGACAUAUUAUGUUGGUCUUCAAAAAUGCUAAUAAAAGUGCUCACAU